AUGCAAACCCCUACAGUGGAACCUAACAUGGAAUCCCCUAGUCAUAUUGAUGUUGCACAUAUUUCACCCCCUGGAAUGGAAUCCCCUAUUGAAGUUGAAUCUGUGAGAGAACCAAACAUGGAACCCCAUAUUAUGGAAACCUUUAGUGAAGCCCUAGGUGGCUCUAGUGAUAGUGAGGGUAGUGGAGAUUCAACUAAUAGUGAAGAUAGUGAUUUCAUUGUGGAUAAGGAUAACUUUUUGGAUGAUCCUGAGGUGGACAUGCACGAUUUCUACCUCAACAUUUAUGAUAAUUUGGAAUGGGUUGGUGAUGCCUCUAUUACAACAGAGAAUGUAGCAAUGUCUGAUGAGGAGAUGGAGGUGAUCAACACUGAUGUUCUGCAAUCUGAGUCAUCAUCUGAUGAAGGGCAAAUGAGUACAAGAAGAAAUAAAAUUCGGGCUGCAGAAAAGGCACACAUAAACGAUGCAACUCAAGUGAGUGACCCUUUCUGUAUACUUCAAAGAUUCUCAAGUUCUCAAGAAGCAAAAGACAGAAUUUACUUACAUGAGAUAGAGACAAGAAGAGAAUUAGAUAUUGUCAAGAAUGAUAAAAACAGGGUCAGGGUAGUAUGUAAAGGAACAAUACCAGAUAUAGGGAUACUUGAGACUUCUAGGAAAGGUGGGCCAAGUCAAAGGAACAUAAAUGGUGGACCCAGUCAUACAGGUAAAAAAGGAGGACAAACGGGUGAAAAAGGAGGACCAAGUAAAAAGAAAAGUGCAUUGGAAGUAGGUGAAAGCAUAGGGAAAAGAGACUUUCUUGGACUGGAUGGUGCAUUCAUGAAGGGUCCCGACCCUGGUAUGAUUCUAACUACAGUGGGAUUAGAUGGAAACAACUGCACUUACCUAGUGGCUUAUGGUCUUGUAGAGUCUGAGAACUACAGUUCAUGGAUAUGGUUUCUAAAACAUCUUGGUGAUGAUUUGGAUUUCACUACCAAUUCAAACUUUAGAUUUAUAACUGAUAGGCAGAAGGGUGUGUUGCCUGCAAUUGCAAAAUUGUUUCCUUGUGCAGAAAAUAGAUUUUGCAUUCGUCAUAUCCAUGAGAAUAUGAAGCGGAAGUGGAGGGGAAAGGAGUUUAAAGAUUGUCUCUGGAAAUGUGCAGCAACAACAACUGUUCAGCAAUUCAAUCUUGCAAUGGAGGAACUGAAGAAAUUGAACAAUGAUGCAUAUGAAUGGCUUGAAGCCAUUUGUAACGCCUGUGUUUCUGGGCUUGCCAUUUUUAGCAAUCUAAUAGUCUAG